UGUUUUCAUAUCAAGCGCUGACUUGGCAUAACUCAAUGUUUUAUUAAAAAACAUUAUGCAGUUCCACAGUUGUCGGCGAAAAAUCGUAGCCGUGUCCUCUGAACUUUAAUCAUUUCAACAUUAUGGAUGAAAGAAUUACACUGUGUUGCACAAUGAUUUUGGAAAUGUAAUGCAUGAGAGACUCGAUCGUGUGACAUGAAAUAGAAGAGAAAGAAAAUGGACGUCAAAGAAUUACUUGUCAAGGGACUAUGUAGUACCCCUAAAUAUAUUGACAUGUCUUGUCGAUAUGACAAACAAGGUUCUAUUUACGAUGAUCAGUGUCAGGACAUAGAGGAUUUUUACCACUACAAAGCCGAGGAAGCGAUCAUGCGGUGCAACGCAAAGGAUGCUGCACUUCAACUGAAAACUCCUUUGAGAUUAUUCGACCUCGGGUGUGGAUCCACAACUAAAUCACAGUAUCUCAUUAACGAACUUUUGGCGAACAAGGUAAACGUGGAAUAUACACCAAUCGAUGUUUCUAAAGAUUUUCUUCAGCAUGCUUGUGAAACCCUUAAAAAUAUAUAUGGAAAUCGCCUUAAAGUUGAUCCUAUUGCUGGUGAUUUCAUGAAUGUGAUUCCACGGAUAGGGAAGUACCGUGGUCGAAAAGUCCUUUUGUGGUUAAGUGGACUACAAUGUUUCCCUUUGGACACUCAACACCAGCUAUUAUCCAAAAUAUCAGAAUCAAUGGAAGGGGAUGAUAGCUUACUUAUGACAGCUGAUAUAACACAAGAUAAAGCCGUGAUCGAAAAAGCCUACCUGGAUUUCGAUGAUUCAAAACCAUUCGCCAAACUUUAUACAAACGGUGUACAUGUGGCAAAUAGAGAAUUGGGCGGUAAUAUCGAUUUGUCACAGUUUAUAUUGGAGGGAAGACAUGUUGAAGACAAAGAUGUGUCGAGGGCAAGCUACAACCAAGUUUGGCUACGAUCUUUAUGCAAUCAAUCCUAUUAUCUUGAAGAGGUUGGAAAGAAUGUCACCUUUGAGGAGGGAGAAAAGUUGCAUUUGUACUCAGGAAAUGGAAUAAGCCACAAAUACACCAUACCCCAGUUAGAAAAUGCUCUCGCAUCAGUGAAAUUACGGGUCUUAAAGAAGUGGGAUAAUGGGAACUCGGUCUUGUUGCUUUCAACUCGAGAAAAUUAACUUUUAUCAUAAUAAGAUUAGUUUAUAUAACUAAGAUUAGUUUACAUAUUAAAAUCAUACAAGUAAUUCAAUAAAUGUGGCUCUAUAAUGCAUGAGUCAGAAUUUAAAAAUUGUCAUAUUAUGAACAGUACAAA